ACAUAUCAGUUAUCGACGUGGAUACAUUAUUUGCAAGAAAAAUGGAUUUAAGAGACGGUUAUUUAAUGUGUUUAUUUUGUCUAGUUGCUUAUUUGUAUCACUGUAUUCGAGUUAUUCAUGAUGAACUAGAGCACAAGAGUUCUACAAUUGCUGCACUGAAACAAACUCAGGAUGAUAUAGUUAAAGAAGCAGAACAACAAAAGUUCAAGCUUGACGAGCUCCGGACUAAAAUCUCUAUCAACACAGAUGAUAAUCUAGUACUACGAGAAAAGAUAUUAUUGAAUCAUCAUAAUAUCAAAACAAUCGAUGGAACUUUUGUUGACUUAAGAAGAAAUUUGUCUUCUCUACAAAACAUAGUAGAGUCAAAUGUAGGAUAUAUCACGGUAAUGCGGAAACACGAAAUGCAAAUGAACAGAUCUAUCAUUAGAACGAAAACCGAAAAUAAACAACAAAUUGCAGACCUGAACGAGAAAAAUGCACGGCUUCAAUCUGAUCUAAAUGAUGUAAAAGACGCACACGUAGAAACUAAUGCACAAAUGAACCGAUCAAUAAUGGUGCUUCAAAAAAAUGUAUCAUCUUUACAAAACAAAGUAGCCCUAUAUGGAGCCACUAUUACGGAAAUGCAAAGACACGAACUACGAAUGGACAAAUCUAUUAUCAAAAUGAAAACCGAAAAUAUAGAACAAAUUGAAGAUUUGAAAAAGACUAUUGCAAGGCUUCAAUCUGAUCAUCAUGAUGUAAAAUUCGCACACUUCGAAACUAAGGAACAAUUGAUUCAAACAAAAAUGCACUUAAGAAAUGAGUUGCUGUCUUUACAAAAAAAGGUAGAAUCAACCGAAGUGAAUAUUAAGGCAAUAGAGAAAGAAAACUUACAAAGAGAAAGAACAAUUGGAGAAAUGAAAACCGAAAUUAUUAGAGAUUUUAAAGAUGUUUUUGAAAAACUGGCGAAACAUCUUAAAGAUACAUUUGAACAAAUAAUUCAUCAAAUUGAUCAUGUUUAUGAUGUUACUACGCGCAUAAAUGGUAGAAUAGAUGAAUUAGAAGUACGUUUAGAUACAUUAGAAGUACAUCUAGAUAAUUUAAAAGUACAUCAACACGAUACCGGCAUUGUAUGGCUAAUCAAAAAAGGAAUAUCAAAGCUUGCACAGAUAGCAUUGAACUUUUUUCUUGGACCAAUAGCUGGACUCAUUGAGUAAAAUAUAAUAAGCCAUCACUUGUCUUGCCAUUUACUUUUGAUGAAUAAUGCACCUUUGCUGUUUGUCCCUCUGAAAUCGGAAAAAAUAUAGUAAUCAUAAUCAACACCUCUAAUACAUAAUCACAGCUACUGCAUAGCAAGUCAAAACUUUGAAUGCCAAUUUAGAGUUACCAGAAAUUUGGAUAUACCCAACCAGCACUUCAUAUAUGAGAAACUGGCAAUAGAUGCCCUCAAUUUUAGACUUCAUUCAUACAUUUUUGUAUCAUUCAAAAUUAUCAUGAAAUUGUGUGUUCCACAAACAUCACCAGUCUUUCACCUUCAUCUGAUACCUUAAUUACUAAAAUAUAUGCUAUAUAGUUUUAAGAAUUACACCUGUGCGUAGGAAAUGUUUUGCUUUGAAUAUGUUCUACCUUCCAGUAUGUUCUUUUUUUAGCGGGACCGAUUAAGUGGUGAUAUAUCUUACAAAGUCUAUCCAAUUUUUUUGUAGAGAAUUCCGCACAAGCCGGUGCUAGAGUCCGUCUUAAUCUUGCAGCGGGGUGAAAGUUAUUUUUUGCUCCAUGCUGUAGGCCUCACUGUGACUUUGGGAUAAAGAACUUCAAAAACAGUGCUGUUCCUUUGCUUUUUGUUUGUUUCGCGGUGUAUUUACUGAUUUUUUGUCAUGGAUGGACACCCAUAUCCUUUGAUUAUUUAUUAAAAAAAUCUACUAAA